AAUUAUUUAAUCGCGUGACAAUUUCUGGUUAAGAAACAAUAAAAAUAUUAUCUAAUCUAUCAUCUCUAAAUUUAUCCUGCAUAUUUAUAACUUAGUAUAGACUACAGUAGCAUUUCAUUACUUAUUAAUCGGUAGCACAAAAAUAUAAUUAAAAAUGAAUAAGGAAAGACGAGUUGGACGUCGUAGUGUUGUGCAUAAUUUAGUUAAAUUAACUCCUGAAAAUGAAAAUGAAGAUAAAAGAGGAGCCAAAAAAGCAUUGUUUGAAAAAAAUGUAGAUGAUGAUGCAACUUUUGUCAUGAGUAGAAGACCACUUAACCCUUUGCAUGAAAUUAAUAAUUUUCUUUCUUCUACCAAAUCAAAAAGUCAUGAAAAUAUUCAUACUGAAGAUAUAUAUGGUACACCAGCGUCAUCCAAUGAUAACUAUAUUAAUAUGUAUGGGCAUUUUAAUAAAAUUCCUUUGUCACCUCCAAAUAGAACUGGUUUCUUUGAAGCUUCAAUGACAAAAAACCUUAAAAAUGGUGAACUUAAAAAUCCCAUUCUUCAAUCUAAAGAAUUAUUUAGUACUUUAAUUGAUUCACCUUGUACUAAAUAUGAAAAGGUACAAUUUAAUAAUGCUUUAUCAUCUGCAUCAAAAUACUUGUUAAAUCGUCAUUUGGAGUCAAUUGAAAAAAAUGUUGAUAAGUUUGACUCAACAUCACCGGAUAUUGUUUUGCCAAAAUCUUCUCAAAAUCUGAAUAGUUUUAAAUCUGAAGAAUUUAAAACACCAUACCAAGUAGAUUUAACAAUUACACCUGAAAAAAAUGUGUUUCAACCAGAAAAUAAAUCAUUAUCAAGUGACAUUGGACUUUUGAUUGAAAAUAUUGAGAAAUCAAAAGCAAAUCAGCUAAAAAAUAUACGAGAGAGCAAAAUACAAUGUUGUAAUAUGCUCAAAAAUCGUUUUAGAGAGAUUGAAUUAGAAAUAGAAAAACAUUUUGGAACAAUUGAAAGUGAUAUUAAUGAAGAUUAUGAAAAAUUAAUAAAUAUUAUUAAUGAAAAAAAAAUUGAAAAUGAAUCAACUGUACAAAAUUCAGUGACUACAGUAAAGGAAACUGAUACUAAAAAAAAAAAUUAUUCAAGAAUGACUGGUGCUUUUGGCAUACUUAAUAAUUUAAAUACGGAAUGUAGUUUUUUAAAAACUCCAAAAACUAAAGGAAAAACCAGAGAAGAAAUGCUAAGUAAGGGAACAUUGACGCCAAGUACGAUGUCAUUUGUAUUACAAGAACAAUUAUUGAGUUUAGACAACAGCUUGUAAGGUAUAAUAAAGAAAAAAUAUAAAAUUCCUCAAUUGUUAUAACUAUAACUCUAUAGCCCAUAUGGAUUUCUUUUUAGUAACUACCGUAACAUUGUUUGUAUAGUAUUGACCAUAGUAAAAUUAAAAUAUAUAACAUUAAUAGAGUAAACAACAUUUUGAAUUUACA